AUGGCGGAGAAGCAGGUAUUCGGCGAAUGGGCUCAAGUUGAAGUGGUGGAACUAGUCAACGAUGGAUCCGGUUUGGCGUUCGGCAUCGUGGGGGGACGGUCCUCGGGAGUGGUGGUCAAGAGCGUCCUCCCUGGUGGAGUUGCUGAUAGAGUGAUAAAUUAUAAUGCUCAUCAUUUCCUACAGAGGCAUCGGGGCCAUGAAGAAAAUCUGACGAGGUUUGCCAGAGAUGAAACGAAUCUGGAAGAAAAUUCGGAGCCACGACCAAUUAAAUACUUUCAAGGAGCUUGCGAGCCGAUGUCCUGUGGAGAAGAAGCUGCGUGUACGGAAUACAACAGUACCGUUCAUUUCUGUUGGUGCACGACCACCGGAAUGCCCAUUACUGAGGACUUGCAAUGCCCAAGAAGUCCAGUGACGGCAACUCCUAAACCGAUCCAUAAUGUGAUUCCGCCGCAGACUCGCACCACUAACACAUUCGACGGAAGAAACGCGCCUUCACCGCCAACUGCUCAAUUCAGUGGAGAAGUUUUGGCGGAAGCAACGACUGGAAAUGAACCAAAUGUUGUGGGAGCCGGUGUACACGUUACAACAGGAGUACUGCUGGCAGCUCUAGUUAGUGGAGCAUUACUUCUUUUGUUCGUGGUAUCUAUUCUAGUUUGGUACUUUAGACGAAGGAUAUGUCGCGUCGAUGGAAAAACUCAGCCGCGAGUGCGGCCAGGAGAGCCUCUUCUCGCUGAAAGGUAUAUAACGAACCCCCAGUACGGUGUGUACGGAGCCGGCGCGACCGCGACCGGCACGGGUCCGGCGAACGGACCGAUUGUCGACGACACUACAGAACCCAGAGUACCUCUCUUAGAUAGAAGCGCUUUGACAUUCCUCGAAGAAGUAGGCGAAGGAUGUUUUGGCAAGGUGCACAGAGGUUUACUUCGAGUGAAUGACUUGGAACAAGAAGUCGCAAUUAAAGUUCUGAAAGAAAGUGCCGGACGCAGCGCGGAAGAGGAAUUCAUACGAGAGGUUUCGAUAAUGUCUGCAUUUAGACAUUCAAAUAUUCUUACUCUAGUUGGAGUGGUCUAUAAAGAUAAUGUUAUAUGCAGCCCUUGGAUGGUGUUUGAAUAUAUGGAGCUGGGUGAUUUGGCCGGUGUCCUGAGGGGGUCUCGCAAUGGUGUUCGACCUGCACCCACGCUGAACGAAGUUGCUCUCUUACACGUAGCGCUACAAGUAGCGAGGGGCAUGCAAUACCUCGCUUCCCGCAGAUUUGUCCACCGUGAUUUAGCUGCCAGAAACUGUUUGGUCGGAUCUCAUCUUACAGUUAAGAUAGCUGAUUUUGGAAUGUCUAGAGACGUUUACACUUGUGAUUAUUACAAAAUGGGCGGUGAACGUCCAAUGCCAGUACGGUGGAUGUCUCCGGAGAGCAUUCUGUACGCACGUUUUACUCACGAAUCAGACGUGUGGGCGUAUGGUGUCGUACUCUGGGAGAUAUACAGCCGAGGCAAACAACCAUUUUAUGGGCAUAAUAACGAAGAUGCCACAAAGUUAAUCGUACAGGGUAUUUUGUUGGUGCCGCCAGAAGAUUGUCCUCGAUUUGCUUGCGAGUUGAUGCGUGAAUGCUGGCAGUUCGAUCCACAAAAUAGGAUCGAUUUCGAUGAGAUUUGUAGAAAAUUAGAAAUAGCUGCGGCCGGUGGUACUACGACCGAGCAAGUGCGACUGCCGCGACCACCAAAUCCUUCUCAAGAUUCUGCUGGAUAUUUGAUCCCAGCGCGGCAAACUCCAGUUGAUUAUCUGACUUUAUUGUUAGGAGAUGAAAAUCAUGAGCCCGAAUCUGAGUCUAGUGAAGAAGAGGAAGACGAAGAAGAGUAUACUUGACGGAUACCGAAGGCGACGAAUUCGCAAUACGUGUCGCGCCUUUCACUGUCGGACAUAGUCCCGGCUCACACGUCCACAUUCCUUUCACGUAAUAGUAUCGAUCAAUCCGAAUGUUAAUUUGUGAGCGAUUUUCGAAUGAUACUAAUUGUAAUGGAAAAUAGUUGAAAAGGAGAUAAUAAUACUCAACUGUUUUGUGUGUGAUAUUUUCAUAAUAAAUUAGGUAUAAAAUGUCGUUCGAAAUAUCUGUGUAGGCAUGUAUUUAUUUUAAUUUUGUGCUAUAUACCAAAAAAUAUAUAAUAGAUACGUGUACGUUAAAUUCGCGUUAUGUGUAUUAUAAUAGGUAAAUUUGUGUAUUAAAUUAUACCAACCCACUUUAUAUUGUAUCUUUUUGUACCUAAAUAAGAACAUAAGGUAUCCUUAGACUGAACAUUGUAUUUCUACUACCUACUAUAAUAAAAAAAUAAUGAAUGUUAAUAAAUUGUUUAUAAGCGGACUACAGUUACUUUCUAGUCCAAUAUUUUCAUACCUAUUUGUUGUGUUAGUGUGUGUUAUUAAAAAGAGUAGGGUAAGAA